AUGGCAGAGAUUAGGGCUCAGAUAGGGACUACUAUGGGUCAAUUUUUGGAAGCUAUCCAAAUCGUUACCUGUGGACAAGGAGAGUUAAGGCAGCCUGUUCAGAGGCCAGAUGUUACUGUUGAUCCAAGUGGCGUUCAUCAAAAAGUCGUCAAUCCUACCUCAGAGGUCCCUUUGAAUCAGAAUGUUAGAAACACUAUGCGAGUUCCCGUCAACGAGGCUCCGCACCGUGAGAAUCUUUCUGUUUCGUCAUAUGAUACCUUUAAGUUUCCAAUGGAUGAAGAUGAGGGUAAGCUUCGUCUUUUGGAUAAGAGAUUGAAAGCUGUUGAGGAUCGUGAUUGCUUUGGUUUGGAUGCUGCUAGUUUAUGCCUGGAUAGUCUUAGUGGGGCAUCUCUUGAAUGGUAUACCCAGCUUGAAAGGACCAACAUCCGAACUUGGAAAGAUCUAGCCAAGGCCUUUUUCAAGCAUUACAAACAUAACAGUGAUAUGGUUCCUACCAGAAUUAAACUUCAGAGUUUGACUCAGAAGGUUGACGAAUCCUUUAGAGAGUAUGCACAGAGAUGGAGGGAGCUAGCUGCCAGAAUUCAACCUCCCCUUUUGGAACGAGAACUUAUAGACAUGUUCAUGGACACUUUACAAGAUCCCUAUCUGAAUCAGAUGGUUGGAUGUGCCGCUUCUGAAUUCUCAACUUUGGAUGGUGAAGAAACAAGUACAAUUUCAGAAGUUGAAGAGAAAGAUCAUGCUUAUUCUCCCGUUCAGAUCCCUUGCUAUCAGAUGACAGAAAUUAUCCCUGAUCAGGAUGCUCCGCAAAUCUGUGCUGCAACUAUUAGCCAGCCACCAGUUCAAUUUGUGCAACAAGAGCCUGUUCUAUAUAAUCAAUCAGUUAAGUAUGCUCAGCAACAACAGCAAAGAUAUAAACAAAAUCGUCGACCACAAGGUGGGCAGAAUCUGAGAAGGCCAAGAAGGGUACAUGAACCAAUCCCAAUGCCUCAUAGUCAGUUGCUCUCUCAUUUACUUCAAAAUUCUUUAGUGGAAUUAAAACCGCUGGGGCCUCCUCCUUUUCUUUAUCCUGAAGGAUAUGAUCCCAACGCCUACUGUGAGUUCCAUUCCGGGGCACCCGGCCAUUCGAUUGAAGAUUGCAAUGUAUUCAAAGGCACAGUUCAAAACCUCAUUGAUUCCAAGGCAAUAUGCUUCACGCCAAACGGUCUGCGCAUAAAUUGA